AUGAUUCAUUCAAGGAGAGGACAAUAUCAAAUGCAAAACCGAGACUUAUUCAGGCAUGCGCCAAUCACAAAAGCGUGGUUGUUGAUCACAUUGGUCAGUUCCAUUGUCUCCAUGUAUUUAAGUAUUAAUGAUUUCGAUUCUUGGAUUGCUCCAUCGUUGGGGAAUAUAACCUCCGUUAAAGGGAUUUUGCAGAUAAUUUUAUCAAAACUAGUUUUCCGAAGUCCAUCGUCACUUAUUAGUGGAUUGAUCUUGUUAUAUCACGGUCGAUUGGUGGAACGCCGCUUCGGUUCCUGUAAAUUUAUGAACUUUAUCUUAUUCAGUUCUUUCCAUGCAACCGCUAUGGAGAUAGCUAUUUAUUUUAUUCUUUCACGGCUUUAUGGUUAUAUCCCAUCAACUAUGUAUUUUGUUAUUGGACCGUAUGAUUUGCUCACUGCUCUAUAUCUAUCAUAUCUGAAGGAGAUACCAUUAGUUCCAUAUGCUAGUAUAUUCGGUGUAUCAUUAUCAGCACACAGCUUUCCGUUCAUUAUGUUUAUUCAGCUGCUUACGUUAUCGAAGCCGGUUUUGAUUGCAUGCGCAGCGGGUGCUUCAAGUGUCCUUUUAUAUCUACAGCUCUUUGCAAAAAUUAAUUUCUUGCCUGAUUUUUUUGUUCGGUUGUUUUAUUCUGCUUCAAAUCCAAUUGGUUGGCUGUUCCAGAAAUUUGCCGAGUGUGGUGAAUUUGGAAGAGAGGGAAGUGUUUUACCGGUAGCAGCAACGAUUGAGAGGCAAAGGAUAGAUAUUCUAGAUAACUACGAAAGGAGGUUAAUGUUUGGGCAGAUGGAGCGAAUUUACAGAAGUGAAAGAGAUCGUCCAAGUGGCAGUCAACUUCAUUUUUUGAAUCGCUUGUUGGGCAGGACAUCCAACGGGAGAGCAGCGUCUAGCGAAGAUCAAGUGCGUCAGCUCGUGGAUAUGGGUCUUGGAUCUCGGGAAGAUGUCAGAGAAGCUUUACAGCAGUGUGGCAAUGAUGCUUCUGAAGCGGCUAAUUUCUUAUUGCAUAAUAGACGUUAA